AUGGCACACGAGGGUUCUGGGAACGCGUCGGUCGCGGCAGUGAGCGUGAAAGUGCCUCCUUUCUGGGUAGAAGAACCCGAGAUGUGGUUCGCUCAGUUAGAGGGACAAUUCCUCGUGGCCGGAAUAACGGUGGACGCGACAAAGUUCGCAUACGUGGUCGGCAAUCUGGAGGGUCGUUACGCUAGAGAAGUGGCAGACAUUAUAAAAAACCCGCCGAUAGCGGACAAAUACGACACCUUGAAGAGGAAGCUUGUGGCAAGAUUGUCCCAGUCAGAGGACAAGAAGCUACGUCAGCUACUGGAAAGAGAAGAACUGGGGGAUCGCACUCCCAGCCAAUUUCUAAGGCAUCUCAAGAGUCUGGCAGGAGAAGCGGUACCGGAAAAAUUAUUAAAGAGCAUUUGGUCCGGUAGACUGCCGCAGUCGGCGCAGACAAUACUGGCAACACAGGAAAAAGCACCAUUAGAAGACGCCACGAUUUUGGCGGACAAAGUAUACGAAUUGGCGCCACAAGGCCCUCAAAGCAACAUGGCAGCGGUAGAGAAGCCAUCCGGAAUUUCCGCCAUUGAACGGAAGGUGGAAGAACUAACCAAGAUGGUGGAACAGUUGACGACCAGGUCGCGUGGUCCAUGGCGAAAAAGAUGGCGCGGUAGUUCCCGCGACAGGAGCGCGAGCGGGAACCGCGUUCGACACCAAAACGACAAGAAAAGGUAUGAUGAUUGUUGGUAUCAUUAUAAAUGGGGCAAGAACGCACAUAAAUGCGUACCGCCGUACACAGGCUCAGAUGUGAGCGUGUACCCCGCAAAGCGCUGUAGGGAACGUCGCAGAAGCGGCGAAUACAUUUUGUACGCGGCAAAUGGUACACCGAUUAAGACAUAUGGCAAUAUGAUGAUGGAUAUAAACUUCGGGUUAAGAAGAAGCUUUCCAUGGAAAAUGGUGGUAGCUGACGUGGCCAGGCCCAUUAUUGGGGCAGAUUUCCUCACACAUUAUGGCUUAUUGGUAGAUCUGAAAGGCGCACGAUUGGUGGAUCAGGAAACCAAGCUAACUGCAAAGGGUGGUUGGCAAUACACCUCAGAUUCAAUCAAAUCUAUAUCUCAUGCGAAUGUAAGCCCGCUAGUUGCUGGAUUGCUACAGAGGUUUGUUAGUGUUACUAGGCCAGCGCAGCAUGUCCAUCCACCGAGGCACACAACGGUUCACCAUAUCACGACCACACCGGGUCCUCCUCUGGCUGCCAAAGCAAGAAGAUUGGCACCGGAUCGGUUGGCUGUUGCAAAGAGAGAGUUCCAGUCGAUGCUGCAACAUGGAAUAAUAAGGCCAUCAAGGAGCAGUUGGGCAUCCCCUCUCCACCUCGUGCCCAAAAAGGAUAAACAGUGGAGACCCUGCGGCGACUAUAGAGCCCUGAACAGCAGGACAGUUCCCGACAGGUACCCCGUUCCGCAUAUAGAGAGUUUUUCGCAGAAUUUACAAGGAAAGAAGAUAUUUUCGAAGGUCGAUCUGGUAAAGGCUUAUCACCAGAUCCCUGUGGCGGAACAGGACGUGCCAAAAACAGAGGGGGGUGAUGUGGCGUGCAAGCGCAAAUUCCCUAUAGGGGAGUUGGUAGCACGCUAG